AAUAUAAAAACUUGUUCCAGUAAUGGCCAACAAAACAUGAAUAAAAUUCAUACUUUUAUGUCUUGGUCCAAAUGACAGAAUCAGCUCUGAUUAAUAUCUAAUUCUGUGCAUUUUAUCUUCUAUCAUCUUCUUCAGCUUAUUAAGGUUUAAAAUUUUAGUUGGAAAGCUGAUAGUACAGAAGAAUAUAAAGUGUAGGUGUAAUCUACACUAUUUAAAGAUGAAAAUAGCAUUGAUAACUUUUAUAGACUCGUUACAGGGAUAGGAACUUGUACAGAAGGACUAACACCAACUUAGUGCUAGACUAUUUCUCUAUCAAUAUAAUUACUACUUCUUAAUGGCGCAAGGUGGCUCAGAUGGUUGAGCAUGGGGCAUUCAUAAUGGAGGUCUCAGGUUUGAAACCCCUAUUGCCAGAUUUGCCUCUGGAUCGAGCUUGUCGCACGGGAAAUGCCUAGUGCGGGCUAUCUCUCCUGUAUGGUUUACGAGCUAUUACACAGAAGCUGGUUUACCUGUGCGCACCCGAAGGGUUGCGGCUGCAGGUUCCAUGUCAUAAAAAAUAAAAAUAAAAAAAAUCACUACUUACUUUUAUCAAAAAUAAGAGGGAUGGUGCUUUUUGGGUCAUUGUUUUCACAUUCUUGGCUUAACAAAAUCAGUUAGCUAAUUAUCUAUGUUCAUAUGGCCCCUUUAACCAAUACCUGUUAGGAAUUGUCGUUCGAGGGUCAUACGGUGUGGUACAAAUAUGUGGAAAAAAUUUGUAACACUUGCGGUGAUAUAGGUUUUCAAGAUGCAAUUGUUACCUGCUAUCAGUGUAAAGAUGUUCAAGUGCAUCAGUAUUGCAUGAUGCGCUAUUUUGAACAUGCACCAGAGGAUUGGUGUUGUGAAGACUGUGAUAUUGGCAAGGGGGUAAUGUCUUCAUCACAUGGACUAGAAAAUGAGUAUUCUGAGGGAUCCAAGUUACAUGCCUCUGCAAAGAAUUGUCAGAGUACUGUGCAACCAAAGAAACGUACGACGUUUCCUGGUGGGCAUUCUAUUAACUGGGAAAAGGAGGUACAGACUGGGAAAACGAGAUAUAUACCUGUUGAAGAAGCACUUGGUCUAUCAUCAGGCGUCAAGAAAUAUGGAUGUCCGCUGAAAAUUACUGGCUCUUCAAGAGUCGUGAAAACCAAAUCCAUGGCAACCAUAACUCGAGGGAAUUUUAACAAGCCUAGAGCUCAAAUUUCAAAUUCUUUUCCUGAGAAGAGUACAGUGCAGCGUUCUUUAGGAUCAGCAGGAUAUACGAAACCUCAGAAUCUUCAAAAUGCCAAAAUCACUGAACAGAGCAAAACACCAGUACAAUCAUCUAAAUGUUCUGGUGGUUCUAACAUUCUGGAGCUUAGGAGUCCUGAUGCUGUGAAUGCGAGUCGAAUGAUGAUUCCACCUAUGACGCACCCUUGUGAUCCUGCUCGAGUUCCUUCCUGGGAGGGAAGUUUUGACAUCUUAGGUGCUCUGGAAUUUGCACCUGGGAUGUUCAAUAAUUGUAUCCAGGCUUAUCCUCCUUCCAGAAUUAGACGUAAGGUGUAUGAGUUCUCAAGGAUAUUGCCUGAUGCUCUUAAAUUUGAACUAGUGCCGCGUGGGGAUAUCUGGACAAGUCUAUUCAACAAUCAUUGUCCGGGUAAAGAAGAUAUAGGACUGUAUUUCUUUGCAAGUCAAAGAGAAAGGUCUGAGCUAUAUAUUUCUCUGGUGGAGUUCAUGCGUAUCAGAGAUUUGGUGAUGAGAACGCUUAUAAAUGAUGUUGAGCUGCUUGUACUUGCAUCCACAGCCCUGUGCAGUGAUUCUCAAAGAUGGAACAGCGAGAACUUCCUGUGGGGACUAUUUUACCGCGUGAGACAAGAUACAGUCGGAUAUGCUGAAGGGGGCAGCAGUGAAGUGAUUGAUAUGGAGAUAGACAUGAUAGGGGGGGAAGAUGUCUGUACAGCCAAUGAGGUUGACUUGGAGGGUUAUCAAGAUGAGGUUGACAUGGAGAUAGACAUGAUGGCUGGAGAAAAUGUAGGUAUUCCGGACAAAGUUGUCUCAACAAUUACUUCCAGAAAUGGCUUUGCUAGAUCUUUAAAAGAAACUGUUACUGCUGCUACCUGCGAUCGGUCUGAAUCAGUUACUCCUCUGGUUUCAAGAUCCUCCGAGGGUUGCAAGGAACUGACUCAAGUAAUCAAAAGGGAGCCUGUUGAUGACUUUCCUCCAGGUUUUAUUCCGCGUUUAACUCCUACUAAAUGAGCGGCAUCAAAUCAUGGUUGCUGCCAGCUUCUUGUAAAUAUCACUGCUUAGUUUCAAUCAAGUUCAUUAGGCAUUGGACUAGCUAAGAUGUUUGUGUCUGACAAUUAGAUGGAAAAUUGUUGUAAGUACUUCUGUUGUUACUAAUUGUUGUAAGUACUUCUGUUGUUAAUGAAAUCAGCAAGUAGGUCUAGUUUGUGAA